GAGAAUCACUGCAUGCUGCAACAUUAAUGGGCAGCACCGGCGGUGGAGGAGGCGGUGGGGUUGGUGGAGUAGCAGCCAGUACUAGCGGCGGCACGGUGGCCAGUAGCACGCCCUUUGCCAGCAUUUCGGCGCUGGUCAGCGGACCGUCCAGUGCCCCACCACCGCCGGUAACUGCCAGUGGCUCGUCGGCAGUCAGUGGCGGCACCAGCAAGCGCAAGAAAGCCAACAAGCAAAAGCGUUGAGAGCAGGAGGAUGAUCAGCCACAAAGGGAGUUGGAAACAAUUGCAGGAGUGGCCAGGCCCGAGGACAUCAAGUUUAGAUUUAAUUGCAAGCACUGGAAGCGCAAGCUGCGGCAGUUUCAUUUGCUAUUGUCCAAACAGUAGUCAGUCAGUCAGUUAGGAAGGUACACACAUAUUUGAAUGAGCCACAGACAAAAAUUCCCAAGGGUAGGAUAAAGCAAUCACAAAGCCACUUUUCAACUAGAUGGACAUUAAUUACACAACCGAGAUGUGUAUAAAAUGUAAAUAUAUAACGAAAUAUGCUUUAUUUACAUUAUACGGAACAUAGUUAUAUAGGUUUUAGGUUCGAGAAAGUCCUUUGUUCUAGUUAGAUAAGGUGGAGAAAGGAGAAAGAUAAGAACAUACCUUGAACGUAAGUGAAUGAUGAAUUUUAGAUUUGCCUAGACUCGAAAGUUAAUGGAUUCGUUUUGGGCUCGCAGUUUUAAGAGCACUUUGUUAUCAAUGGAUAUAGACACGCGUAUUUAUUUUGGACUCGCGACCAUUCUGAAGACCUUGAAUCGGUAGUUGAUUGUGGAAUUUCGAACUAGAUUGUUUCCCCUUCAAAGCUUUGUUAUAAUUUUCGCUUAGUGUGAGACUGAAAGUGCGCCUAAAACUGUUGAAAAACCCAUGCCCAAUAUUAUAGUGAAGACGCAUACAACACAACCCAUACAUGAAUCAAAUGCUUUAUAACCAUAUUGUUUGAACAGAUAGAACGAAGUGGGAGAAUACCUUAACGUAGAAUUAAACCAAAUUAUCAAGGUCCUAGAACUUAAAUCAUUAGCUUGUAACGACAACAGAUCAGAUAAAAGAAAGGAACACGAGUUAUUUGAAUUUAACUGGAGGAGCCCGGAAUCAAUGGAUAUUGAUUUGAUUUCAACUGAAUUAAGAAUAUAGCCAAUAAAUAAAUGUAGAAAUGAAGUAAUUGCAAGGAAUCAACAAAUGGAAUGUAUUUUUGAUAGAACCGGAAACAGAAGCAGCUGAAAUAUGCGAAUCAAACUGCAAAUGUUGUUAAUACUAAGCUCUAAUGUCUAAUGUCCUUUGAAGUCGCACUCAAACAAAGAUUUAAAACAAGCUUGUAAGAAAAAUAAACCAAUAAAUACACACGUAUAUAUAUGGAUACAAAACACCUCUAAUUGAACUGUAAAAUGUCUUAGUGUAGCAGAGAAUGAAAGUAGUUAUAAUAUACAUUUCUUUAAAAAACAUUA